AUGCAGUGGCUGUUUUGUAAAUGGGAGUGGUUGUCAGAAGCACCAUCUCUCCUCCAGCCUUGUGAGGGCGCCAUCACAUACUACACACAGUUUGGCCGAGUGGCAGGCUUUACCACCGUAGGUCCAGGCCGACGGUUCCGGAAGGUCCUGGAGGAACAUCUAGAGCUACUCCGAUGGCCGUCGGACAUACCUGCAGAUAAAGAGCUGUCUGUUAAGGCAGAAGAUGGGAAGCUGUAUCACUGGAUCCUCCCUUCCUUCUUCCAGAUGCUGCAGGACUUGGCUUCACAAGGUGUGGAGUUCUCCAUCCUGUUCCGUACAUUUGGCUCAGAUCUGCCCCGUGUUCUGAAUGCUGUCAAGCGUGCUGUAGAGCAGGGCUCACAUCCACUCUUCCCUGACCUCCCAGCUCUAAAGCUGAGGGUGAACAUGACCGCCGGGCGCAUCAGGUGCAGCGGUAAAGGUGCAACACUGAUUCGUGGAGAAGAACACGUGUCCACAAGGGAUGGAGAGCAGCAUGUUUACCAGUACCUGAGCACUGCUGAGGGUCUGGGUGGCUUCCAAGACCACUUUGACUGGUGGGCACGGAACACAUACUCCAUUUUAGGAGGAAAGCCACUCUGGAUUGACCCUUUUGACACCAAAGUUCAGCAUAUCUUCAUUGAUGACAAUAUUCGACAAAACGAUGAGGACACUAUUGUCCACCCUAAGGUGUUUCUGGACCCUGAGGGCUUGCAGACUCGAACAGCCUCCACAUCAGAGCUGUAUGAUCUGUGUCUGGUACAGAACGACCUGCUGAAGGCCAUUUCCGAGCCUGGAUAUUUCACCCAACGCAUCCAGAUCUGCAUGGAGAACUAUGAGGGGAGCAUCCAAACGGGAUAGCCAGAUGAAGCUCAAGUCAUGCAGGGAAACACAAAUUAUGCUUAAACACAAUCCUGUGGUAUGUGCAUAUAUGUGGAAGAACCAUGUUUGAAGUUCUCUGCUACAAUCACAGAUUGGCACCCUUUAAUGAAGGAUGUUGCAAUCUAUAGAUCCAUAUCUACAUUACCAUCAUAGUCGAGGGUCAGAUUUUGCCCCUGAAGAUCUAACAAUCAUAAACAGCACAUGCCAUAGUGUAUGUAGACGUUAUUAUGGUCAUAAGCGUUGGCAGCUGCUUCAUAGAUCUAUUUUGUUAUAUCCGCACGUAAACCAA